GUCAUCGCAUUUUAAACGAUUUGUCCUUUCGUAUAGAUACGGUACUGAUGUACCGGAACCUUGUACUACUUAUUAGAACUGAUAUAAAAUGUCUUUUGUAUAUAUAAGACGAUUUAUCAUUUUUUAAACGUUUAUUGUUUCAAGCAGAAAAAAAAUCCGAACGAAAGUCGUUGUAAAUACUUCUUCGUUUAUAAACAAUAAGAAAGAUACGUACAUAUAUGGCAAUUUAUAAUUUUGUAGUUUUCAGCGACACCUAAACUGGUGAUAGAAAUACGUUACUUUACGAGAAUUUUUUUUGCCGCGCAAUUGUUGUAUGUAAUUAAUGUUUUAUUGAGUUGCGAACGAUCAAUGGCCAUUUCUUUGCGAAAUACAAUACGAUUGUCAUCACCGAUAUUUACGAAAUAUGUUUAUAUAAACACGAAAAGUUGUAACAAACGAUUCAUCAUGACGAGCCGAUCAAAACUUGAAAAGGUUUUACAAGGUCUUGAAAAGAAUCCCUAUUUCGAUAAGUAUGCUGACAAAAUAGCGAAAUCUCAGAAAGUUAGUCCGGAAGAAUUUUCGCAGCGUGUCGAAAAUGAAGAGAAGAAACAGCAGAGAAAGAAAGUUUCAGUCCAUUUAGAAAGGUUUUAUACACAAUCUUCGUGGUCUUCUCCAUUUUUGAAUAUAAAAGUACAACCAUUAUGGGCUCAUAUUAAAAAGAACAAUUUCAGUGACCAUGCGCCUAAGAACAUGUACAUCACAACACCCAUAUUUUAUGUUAAUGCUGGACCACAUAUUGGACAUCUUUAUACCGCAGCUUUGGCAGAUGCUAUAGCUAGAUUUAAUUCUAUGCUAGGGCAUUCUGUAUUUCUGUGCACAGGUACAGAUGAACAUGGUACUAAAGUUGAAAAUGCCGCACGUGCAGCAACUUUACCAACGUCUGAAUAUUGUACUAAAAUUUCGGGGGAAUUUCUAAAAAUGUGUGACAUUUUUCAAGUUCAAUAUUCAGAAUUUAUUAGAACGACUGAAGAACGACAUCAAAAUGCGGUUCAUCAUUUUUGGAAUCAUUUAGACGAAAGGGGACACAUUUACAUGGGAAAAUAUGCUGGUUGGUAUAGCGUAUCGGACGAAACUUUUAUUUCGGAUGCAGAAGUAAUACAAAAGAAAGAUAUUACUGGCAUAAAAUAUAUGACUGAAUCAGGAAAUCCUGUAGAGUGGACGGAAGAAGACAGUUACAAAUUUCGGCUUACUUCUUUUCAAGAUGAUUUAAAACAUUGGCUGAAAGAUGAAAAUACAGUACAACCGGCAAUGUAUCAUAAAAUUUUAUCUACUUGGAUUGAAGAAGGUCUACAAGACAUAAGUAUUUCUAGACCUAUUAGCAGAGUGCCCUGGGCAAUUCCUGUUCCUUCUGAUAAAUCUCAUACAAUAUAUGUAUGGUUUGAUGCAUUGGUAAAUUAUUUAACUGCAAUAGGAUAUCCAAAUAGUUUCUCGAGUCAAUUUUGGCCGCCGACUGUGCAAGUUGUAGGAAAAGAUAUAUUAAAAUUCCAUGGCAUAUUGUGGCCAGCAUUUUUGAUGGCUGCUGGCCUUGAGCCACCAAAGAAACUUUUAUGUCAUGGACAUUGGACUAUCAAUGAUCUGAAAAUGUCAAAAUUUAAAAGAAAUGUAAUUUCUCCGUUCGAAGCCAAGGAUCAUUAUACACCGGAUGGUUUAAGAUACUAUCUCUUGCGACAAGCGGUACUACAUUCGAAUGCUAAUUACAAUGUUGGAAAAAUUGAGAAUAUAUUAAAUAAUGAGCUUGCCGGCGUUUUCGGAAAUUUACUUCAUCGAUGUUUGAGUAAAGCUAUUAAUCCAAAAAGAAUAAUACCUGACCCAACCACAUCUAUAAGCAUUUUAAAAUCUGAAAUAGCUCUUGCAAACAUAAAGGUUCUGGAAGAAAUAAGCGAUCUAACCAGAACAUUGUAUGAGGAAUGUCAUUUGUGUCAUGUAGUAGAUGCUGUCAUGAAUCUGUUACGUAUAACAAAUCGAAUGUUCGAUUACUAUCAUCCAUGGCAUUUAUGCAAAUCUGUUAAACUUGACUCGAUUAAAGAACUCGAAGCUGUGCUAUCCCUUAGUAUAGAAAGCGUACGGGUGGCUGCUAUAAUAUUACAUCCAAUUAUACCAAGACUGACUUCUAAUCUCCUAGAUACUCUUCAAAUUUCGAAAGAAAAUCGUACUUGGGAAGAUACGAAACCGCUUCAUGUAAGAAAUUCUUUAAAUGGAGCAGAACGUAUUAUUUCACGGAACGAAGUAUUAUUUAAGAAAGUAAGAAAUGAAACGUACAUUUAG